UGGAAAGUACAAAUAUUUUGUAAUUUGUUUUUAAAACAACUAGAGCUCCGAUUAAAUUAUUUCAAAGCAAAUUUAAAAGGCUUAGAUGGUUAAUAUUUAUGCUAAGUGUACGCUUUAACACCUGAGCAAAGCCAAUGCCUUUGUCCAAUUGGAAAUCAGCUGUUAUAUUGGGACCAAAAGGGAAGUUUCCCAAAGAAAGAAAUUGGAUUUCAUUGAAAGGGAAAUCCAUUCAAUGUUGACAAAUUCAAUUCUGAGUGAAAACUAAAUUUUUUUGUAAACUGAAGGUAACUUUGAUUGAUCAGCCAUUAGAAACAACCGAGGAACAACAGCAUCUAAUGUGCUGUGAUUCUUUUUGAUACAAAAAGAAUCGCUAGUUGCGAGCAGCAAGUGCCCAUAGCCAUGUCCGCAUCUCGAAAGGAUUCCAGCCGGCGGUGGCUGUGAUGGGACGCUAGUUUGUGGCCAGAAUGUGGCCAGCCGCCCUCUCCCGCCUGUUGAGACGCCGAAUUUUGUAUAUUGUUCUGGUGGUGCUUCCCCUCAUCUACGGAUUUGGACACCUCUUCAAUCGGGAUUCCUUUUCCGGGCUGCACUAUGAUGAGUACCUGGUGCAGCGGACUCGACCUCUACUAUGGUCGCAGCAGAUCUUAGCGCCCGAGGAGCACCUUAAUCGCACGCGUGGCGAUCCGGAUGGGCGCUGCCGCAACUCUGUCCAGGGCCGCCGUCUGCUGGCCGAUGAACGUGGAUUUGUGUGCCGGCGUGAGGAAGUACUAACCAGUGGCUGCUGUAAUCCAGAGCUUCCCGGCAUUGGAUACUAUAGCUGCCGCACCUGCAACACCACUACCCACUGCUGUGGCGUGUACGAAUACUGCGUCUCCUGCUGCCUUCAUCCUGGACAGCAACCACUGCUGGAGCGCGUUCUGCAGGCACCCAAUACGCCAAAAUACAUCUUUGCCAGCGUGACAGAUCACUUCGAGCUGUGCCUGGUCAAGUGUCGGACAAAUUCGCACUCUGUGGAGCAUGAAAACAAGUACCGUGAUCCAACGGCCAAGCAUUGUUAUGGUCUCACCGAGGCACACGAAUCUCAGCGAGAUGUGGCGCCUCAGGGAGCAAGUAAAAGCUGACCACUGCAGCUCCUCCACGGCCCAAUGCGAUGACAUUUCUUCUGUACAAAGUUGUUGGCCGGAAUGAUGAGCUUUACCUCGAACUAGAAAGUUAUUGGUUACCCAUUUAGCUGGUUCGUUGGCAUUAUUUUAAGUAAGUCAGGGAUCGCUUUAGGCUAGCAGCAAUACCAUUAUUUUUGUGUCUUCGGAAAGGACAAAAUCAAUUACUACUCCUUAUAUAGUACAAGUUUUUCUGUUUGUUCUUUUUUUUGCUUUAACUUUACGGUAAGCAAAAUUAUAAACGAAUUUAGCUGAUAGCUUAAAGAUUAUAAGACGAUUUUGUAAAUACAUCAGGAUAUAGCUCUCUCUAGUGGUAUAUUAUCCGAUAUGUAAUAGUUUUUAUUUUAUUUAUGGACUGGCAAUAUUGUAAAUAUUCUAAUUUAGCCAUAGAAAAGUGCAAUUUAUACCUAAUUUUUCUAUGUUUAACAUUGGUUUUUAGUAGCAAGGGAUAAUAUGCCCAUCAUAGGACAUCUCUCUAUUGUUGUCAUUAAAUAGGUGUAAGAAAAUAAAUGCUUUUUUAUCAAAUGAAAGAAAACUAUUUAAAU